AUGAAGGUGCGUCUACAAAUUGGCCGCACCUGCGGAGUACCUUUCGUGGUGGGUUACGCCCCCACGGAAACUGUCCGCACCACCGCGGGCGGUGAUGUUAACGCCAAGGACUCCUUCUGGACUGCUCUCGACGCAGCAAUCCGGGAGGCUCGCAGCCGUGACCAUCUCGUGGUACUAAUGGACGCCAACGCACGCACUGGUAGGAGGCGAGAUGGGUGCUGCGAUGCCAAGUUUAUGGGCGCGUACGGACGCGACAUUCUGAACAACAACGGGGAACGACUCCUUGGACUGGCAUCAGACAACCAACUCUCCCCGACCAACACCUACUUCCGGACACCGAAGGGUGGAGUGCAGCACACAUUCCAGAGCUCCAACAAGGGGAAGGAGAAGUACCGCCUCGACUUCAUCCUCAUGCGUCAGACGGACCGGCGUUUCGUGGCCUCCAGCCGNCAACUGCGUGGGGCCUCAAAGAACAGCGCCUUCGAGGCGACCCUGAAGGCGAUGCUCAAGGCGGCGCGGAAGAAGCGCAGCGUCGCGAGGUGGAGAGCACUGGAAACGUUCUUCGAGGGCUAUGUACGGCAGCUCGAGGAGAAGAGCCGCGAGGGGGAUCAGGCAGGUUUCUACAGGCACCUGAAGAUGAUCAACGUCGAACUUGAGGGGUCGUUCACCUCUCAGAACAUCAAGGACAAGGACGGUAAGGUCCUUCGGGACCCCACGUUCAUUCGCCAACGGUGGGCACGGUGGUUCCACAAGCUUCUCAACACCAAGUCGCCGACCAU